UGAACUGGUUUAAACCUCAAAUUGUGUCCAUCCGUUAAUCCUUGCACGAUUCAAUGAGGCGCUUCCUCUAUUAACCUCGCAUGACAAAAUACCCCACAAUAGUAUUGUGCUAGGUACCUUUGGAACAUGGCCGAAGUGUGGUCAGAAGCAGUGAGUACUUGACGGUAGGCUGAGGUCUCAAAUCCUGUGGAGAUAAAUCAGGAUGACCAAUUUUGGGAUUACGAUUAUCUUUCUUUGCGCCAUCAUCAAAUACGGCUCAUCAAUAAUGUGCUACGAGUGCAACAGCGCGACCAACUCGUACUGCACGGACGCCGUCCUGCCGGACAGCCUGAAGAGGAACUGCUCUGAGCACGACCGAGGAGUCACGCACACGCUGUGCAGGAAGAUAGUGCAGCACGUAGAGUUUGGCAUCAACGGGCAGCUGCCGGCAUCCAGGGUCAUACGCAGCUGCGGCUGGGACGAGACCAAGUACAAGGGCGCCUGCUAUCACCGGUCAGGCUACGGCGGCAGGCAGGAAGUGUGUUCCUGCACCAAAGACUUCUGCAACGGCUCCCAAGAAAACAGCGCCACCCUCGCUCUUCUCAUCACAACGACUCUACCUCUUCUAGCCAAGAUUUUAUGAGUGACUGACCUGGUUUAAUUUAUAAAUUAAUGCUAGGUUAUAGCAAUAUUGUCAUGGUUAUUAGGAUUCAAGUGCAUUUAAGCUUCAACCACACCAACGCGUGCAGAUCGCAAUCGCCGGCGAUGGCGAUCUGAACGCGUUGGUGUGGUUGAAGCUUCAAAUAUGAUUGUUCACUUAAAAAAUUGACUGCCUCCGGUGGGAUUUGAACGACCCUUCGCUUGCUGGGCGACCGUUUUGAGUACUGAGCUAUGGCGACAUUGAUUUCACGCUGUACACCAGUUUCAUUGGUAAUGCAAAGUGAGUUAGCCACCUGAGUUAGGUUUAUUAGUGAAAAAUCUUGUUUAAAAUAAUUUCCACGGAUUUUUAGUUUGCAUUUUUACGAUUUAAAUUGUAUUUAAUUGUAAAGUAUUUUGAAAAGGAAGAAAGAUGAAUGGAAAAAUAA